UAUUCUUGUUUUGGUGCUUCAAUAUUUCUUCACCUUCCCUUCCCUUCUAAAUCAAUCAACUAACUACUCAUAAACAACCUCUACAUUGUUAUUUACUUUUAUCUCUCUCUGUAUUCCAGAUUUUCAGUCCACUCUGUUUUAAGUUCCAUCUCGGGGUCGAUGCUCUUUAUUUAAUUCUCCUUCCUUCAUUUGAUUGUUCUAAAUUUCUCGCUGGUUGUUCCUUUUACCUUCAUGCUAAGGGAUCUGGUCUUAGAAUAUGGCGACAGGGACACUGUUCACCCGGACUACACAGGCAUUGUUCUACAACUACAAGCAGCUUCCAAUUCAGCGAAUGCUUGAUUUUGACUUUCUUUGUGGUAGGGAAACACCCUCUGUUGCUGGAAUUAUCAACCCAGGUUCUGAGGGAUUCCAAAAGCUCUUUUUUGGUCAGCAAGAAAUUGCAAUCCCAGUUCAUUCAACCAUUGAAGCAGCUUGUGCUGCCCACCCUACUGCUGAUGUUUUUAUCAACUUUGCAUCAUUCAGAAGUGCUGCAGCUUCAUCAUUGGCUGCUUUGAAACAGCCGACCAUCAGAGUGGUGGCUAUAAUUGCUGAAGGUGUUCCGGAAUCAGAUACUAAGCAGUUGGUUGCAUAUGCUCAAGCAAAUAAUAAGGUUGUUAUUGGCCCUGCCACAGUCGGCGGUAUCCAAGCAGGAGCUUUUAAGAUUGGUGAUACGGCGGGAACAAUUGACAACAUCAUCCACUGCAAACUUUACAGACCUGGGUCUGUUGGAUUUGUCUCUAAAUCAGGUGGCAUGUCUAAUGAACUUUACAACACAAUUGCUCGUGUUACAGAUGGCAUCUAUGAAGGGAUUGCAAUUGGAGGAGAUGUCUUUCCUGGCUCAACUCUUUCUGACCACAUAUUGCGAUUCAAUAACAUCCCACAGGUCAAGAUGAUGGUUGUUCUUGGGGAACUUGGGGGUCGAGAUGAAUAUUCACUAGUUGAAGCUCUAAAACAGGGGAAAGUAAACAAACCUGUAGUUGCUUGGGUUAGUGGAACAUGUGCAAGGCUAUUCAAAUCAGAAGUGCAGUUUGGUCAUGCUGGUGCUAAAAGUGGUGGGGAAAUGGAAUCAGCACAAGCAAAAAAUCAGGCAUUGAAAGAGGCCGGUGCUGUUGUUCCCACUUCAUAUGAAGCAUUUGAGACUGCAAUUAAGGAGACAUUUGAGAAACUUGUUGAAGGGGGGAAAAUUACUGCAGCAAAAGAAUUCAAGCCUCCCCCGAUUCCUGAGGAUCUUAAUAGCGCAAUUAAAAGUGGGAAAGUUCGAGCUCCAACUCAUAUUAUAUCUACCAUCUCUGAUGACAGAGGUGAGGAGCCAUGUUAUGCUGGUGUUCCAAUGUCCUCCAUUAUAGAACAAGGUUUAGGAGUAGGUGAUGUCAUCUCUCUUUUGUGGUUCAAGCGUAGUCUUCCUCAUUACUGUACACGUUUUAUUGAGAUCUGCAUCAUGUUAUGUGCUGAUCAUGGUCCCUGUGUCUCUGGUGCUCACAAUGCUAUAGUCACUGCAAGGGCUGGAAAGGAUCUUGUUUCUAGCCUUGUCUCCGGUUUGCUUACAAUUGGUCCCAGAUUUGGUGGAGCCAUUGAUGAUGCUGCUCGAUAUUUCAAGGAUGCUUGUGAUAGAGGACUUUUGCCAUAUGAGUUUGUUGAAGGCAUGAAAAAGAAGGGUAUUCGUGUUCCUGGUAUUGGACAUAGGAUCAAGAGAGGAGACAACAGAGAUAAGAGAGUGGAGAUACUACAACUGUUUGCACGCACCCAUUUUCCUUCAGUGAAGUACAUGGAGUAUGCAGUUCAAGUUGAGACAUAUACCUUGUCAAAGGCCAACAACCUUGUUCUCAAUGUAGAUGGUGCUAUAGGCUCUCUUUUCUUGGAUCUUCUUGUUAGCAGUGGAAUGUUCAGUAAACCCGAGAUUGAUGAGAUUGUUGAAAUUGGUUAUCUGAAUGGACUAUUUGUACUAGCGCGCUCCAUUGGUUUGAUUGGGCACACCUUUGACCAGAAGAGAAUGAAGCAGCCGCUGUACCGCCAUCCAUGGGAGGAUGUUCUCUACACAAAGUGAUACAUAGCUAUAUUAGCCAUUUAAAAAUUU